AACGGACAAACGUUUGCCAGGUGAACAACGAAGCCGACGCAAGGCGAACGAAGAGCGAACGAAUUCGAGUCGUGUUUAUUGUCUGUGUAUUUGUCGUCGUGUUUUUGUUGCUGUUGUUGUUUUGUCAGUGACAGUGGCAGUGCUCGUGCUUUGGCGCUCAGCCCACGCGCGUAUGUGUGUCGUAUAAAUUUUGUUGGUAUUUUUUUUUUUGUUUUGGUUUCGCUAUUAGUGUAGCAACAUUUCGCGGCCAGCAGCAGCAGCCGCAGCAGCAGCAGCAGCCUCCGCAACAUGCAGUGGUGAAAUUGGCCGAGACCAAAUAACGAAACGAAGCGAAGCUGAAGCUGAAGCAGCAGCAGCAGAAACUCAACACGAGCAACAAAUCAUUUGGCUUGCUGUCGUCUGUUUGUCGCCUCGCCUGCAGGAUACGCGACGAGGACGUGAACAAAACAGAACAACGCUGGCCGUUGACCGAGUUGCAUCGCAAUCGCAUCGGUCUCUUCCCUCAGCAGAGGAGCGCUACUAACGCCAUAGCUGAACAAGUGCCAGAAAGAGAUACMGAUAGUGAGAGAGAAAGAGAGAGAGAGAGAGGGAGUGUGUUUGUGUAGUAGUGAGUGGGAAUCAAGCAGCAGACAGUGGCAAGAGAAACCGAAAUUGAAAUCGGAAAUCGUAAAUCGGAGCGGCAGCUGUUGCAUGCGGCCGCCGUGCCAGACUCAGUGACGCCGCCGCUCAGCGUCCGCGUGCCGCGUGCUGCGUGUCUUUGCGUGUUUUUGUUGUUUUUUUGUUUUGUGCCUACACCGUUCGCCCAUUGAUCCUCGCGAGUGACAGAGACACAUACACUGCAAGAAGAUUACAACUACAAAGAGUGUGAAACAGCCAAAGAAGAGUGAACGAGUGAGCAAGAGAGCUAAAGAGAAAGAUAUAUAAAGUGAGCAAAAGUGAGAGGGAGAAUUGGAAUCUGCAUUUGGCUUAGCUAAAGACCCUAAGAUGAUGUUGUUGCUGCAAUUGGCUGCGCUGCUCGCCUGCCUGGCCCAUGCCGCCGCCGGCGUCAGCAUCAACGCUAAUGAUCCAUGCUACUUCGAGGGCAAGCCGCGCAAGUGCCUGCCGAGCUUUGUGAACGCCGCCUACGGCAAUCCGGUGCAGGCGUCCAGCGUCUGUGGAGCCCAGAAGCCGGAGCGCUUCUGCGAGCUGCAGCGCGACGGCAGCGCAGGCGAGUGCCGCGUCUGCGACAAGUCGGAGCAUCGCUAUGGUCCCGCCGCCCUGACAGACCUCAACAAUCCGAGCAACGUGACCUGCUGGCGUUCGGGCAGCGUCAAUGUGCCACACGAUCCGGACACUGCGCCGCCGGACAAUGUCACCCUGACCCUGUCGCUGGGCAAGAAAUACGAGCUCACCUACAUUUCGCUUUCGUUCUGCCCCAAAUCACCGCGCCCCGAUUCCUUGGCCAUCUACAAGAGCUCCGACUUUGGCCAGACCUGGCAGCCCUUCCAGUUCUACAGCUCGCAGUGCCAGAAGUUUUACGGCCGGGCGGAUCGUGCCAAGAUCAGCAAGUUCAAUGAGCAGGAGGCGCGCUGCAUGAACUCGCAACAUGAUGCAGCCAGCGGUGGCGCCGCACAGCGUUUCGCCUUCAACACCCUGGAGGGCCGUCCGUCGGCCAACGAUUUGGACUCGUCGCUGGUGCUGCAGGAUUGGGUAACGGCUACGGAUAUCCGUGUGGUCUUCCAUCGCCUGGAGCUGCCGCCGCAGCUGCUGCUAAGCCGCGAACGGGCCAAGGGCAAUGCGAACAGCUUCAGUGACGAGAUGACCGCCAGCCAGGAGGAGGAGCUGGAUGGCCAUGAGCUGGAUGAGCAGGAUGAGUACGAUUACAAUCUGCAUGACAACGACAGUGCCGGCUACGAUCAGGAGGAGUACGAAGAGCCCAAAAAGCAUCUCGAGCUCGACGACGAACUGCAUCUGGACUAUGCCAACGAUGGCGAGAGCAAGCGCCAGUCCAAGCACAAGAGCAGCCUCUACGAGAAGCACUUCCAGGGCAAAUUGACUGUCAGCACUCCGAUGCCAUUGCCCCCAGCACCGGCCAAGACCACGCCCCCAGCCAAAUCAUCAACAUCCACACAGUCGGGCACAUCGGAUGCCGCCGCAGGAGUCGCUGGUGCCGCUGCCGUUUCCAUGCAACAGAUGCUGUCUGUGUCGCAGCAUUACGCCGUCUCCGAUUUCGCUGUGGGCGGUCGCUGCAAGUGCAAUGGCCACGCCUCCGAAUGCAUUGCCACCAGCACUGGGUCGAGCAGCGCCCUGCAUGCCGACGCUGACGAUGGCCAGGACGACGACAAUAUUCCCACGUCCCUGCACAGCCACUUYGGACGCACUCCGUCCGGCCUGCAGCUGAGCGCCAAGCUGGCCAUGACCUGCGCCUGCAAGCACAACACCGCCGGACCCGAGUGCGAGCGCUGCAAACCCUUCUAUUUCGAUCGGCCCUGGGGACGGGCCACCGACAACGAUGCCAACGAAUGCAAAAUGUGCCAGUGCAAUGGACAUGCUCGCCGUUGUCGCUUCAACCUGGAGCUGUACAAGUUGUCCGGCCGCGUGUCUGGCGGCGUUUGCUAUAAUUGUCAGCAUGAUACGACCGGAAGGUAUUGUCACUAUUGUCGCGAGGGCUACUACCGGGAUGCCACCAAGCCACCCAAUCAUCGCAAAGUGUGCAAACGCUGUGACUGUCAUCCCGUGGGCUCCACCGGCAAGACGUGCAAUCAUCUGAGUGGUCAGUGUCCCUGCAAGGAGGGCGUCACUGGCCUCACUUGCAAUCGCUGUGCACGCGGCUAUCAGCAGACGCGCUCUCAUGUGGCGCCCUGCAUAAAGGUGCCCACAAAUGCGAAUAUGAUUCAAGCGGAAAGCGCUGGCGGCGGCAGUGGAACUGGCGACUACAAAGAUGGCGGAGGCUCUCAGGCUGAGGAAAUGAAAAAGUAUUGCGGCAAGUGCAAGGCCAGCCCCAAGAAGCUGAAUCUGAACAAGUUUUGCAUGGAGGACUAUGCUCUGUUGGCCAAGGUAAUUGGACAUGAUCGCGCCUCCCAGGACAUCAGCACCGAGAAGUUCUCAAUCGAGCGACAGAACGAGAUUUACAAGUACGAGAUAAACAUACAGACGAUCUUCAAGCGUAAUCCCAUGUCGGGCACAACCAGUUCCCUGCUGGGACGUGGCAAUAUGAUGCUGCUGGUGCCGCGCAAGAGUAUCGAGUGCCAGUGCCCCAAGAUCAAGUUGAACAAAUCGUAUCUAAUACUUGGACGUGACUCGGAGGCAGCGCCGGGCUAUCUGGCAAUCGGACCCAGUUCCGUGGUGUUGGAGUGGAAGGACGAGUGGUCGUUGCGCAUGAAGCGCUUCCAGCGGCGCGCCCGCAAAUGCAGUUGAAUCGAACCGGAAACGGAAUAUGUCAGAGCGGAUUUCAAUUUCAUACACUUGGCUAGGUAUCGGUUUUUGUAUAAAUUGUACAGUUUACUCAAGUUUCUGACCUUUUUCGGCAUCAUGUUUUAAUUAAUCCCCCCUCUCUUCACAUACACCCACACACACACACACAGACACACAGACAUUAACACAAAAUACACUAUCCACAUGAUACUUAUUAUAGACAAAAAGCGGAGUCUUCCCAUCAUGCAUAUAUCUAUCAGAAAAAAAAAAAAAAAAAACAAAAAAAAAAACA